GGUUAAUUGUGCACACGUGUGCGGAUUCUGUCUACAGUAGCACUCUCUGGCAGCCAGUGACUUUUUAAUCCAUCUACCAUCAUGUAAUUCAGCCCAAUGCUAAGCAGCACAGAUACGGCUUGGCGCUUUUUUUAACUCUUAGGUCAGGGCUCGACAAACCCAGGAGCCAGGCUGCCAGAAGUUAUCAUGGUUUCAGGUUCUGACAAAAUAGUUUAAAAAGAGAGAAAAACAUUUACUACAAACAUUUAUGGCUCAGCUGUCAAACAGGGACUUCUCUAGGAUUAAUGGCUACGUUCUCAGCCCAAAAAUGAAAAAUAAAAAGACGCAGUCUGAACGCCAGAACAUUGAACCGAAGAGUGAACCUGAAGAUGAAGUGCCCAUAACGCCAAUAGAGGAGGACCACAGUAUGGCACAGGGGAAAGGGACUAGGACGCAUGAUAAGCUCACAGAAGGGAUGGAUUCUUUGCCAUUGGCGAAGAAGAAGAGGAAGAAAAAGAACCGUUUGUAUGACUCUGUAUUAGAAAAUGGUCUCGUCUUGCCCUCUGAGUCUAAUGGUGACAUUGAUGCAACUCUUGGUAAUCUGAAUGUACCAUCAAAAAAGAAGAAACACCGUAGAGCGGAGGAUUCGUUACAAAAUAGUUCCUGCUGUGUAGGAGAGGCGUCACCUACCAAUCAGUCUGAUCCAGUGAAUCCCAAAAAGAAAAAAAAAAAGAAAAAACAUUGUACAAAUGACGAGCAGAAUGAAGAAGAGCCGUUGUUUGCCGAGCAUCUCUCUGAAGAGGAGGAACCACUGAGUUCAAAAAAGAAAAGUAAGAAAAAACAUCACGUACAUGAUGCUCGGCACAAUGCAGAAGGAGACAAGUCGUUUGAUCAUUCUGAUGCAGAUCUGCAGAAUUCAAGCAAGAAGAAAAAGAAGACCAAACAUUACAGAAGUGAUGACCAAAGCCAUGGGGAAGAGACGUCAUUUACAGAGCAACUGGUUGUCAGCAAUGCACUAAACUCAAAGAAGAAGAAAAAGAAGAAAAAACACCCCCCAGAAAAUGAUCAGGACCAGGAGGAAGACGCUGGAUUUACCGAGCAGCCUGAUGUGGAAGACCCUCUCUUUACGAAAAAGAAACGAAAAAAGGAAAAGCAUAAGGCAGCUGAAGAUCCGAGCCAGUGGGAAGCAGAUACAUUGCUGGUUGAUCUGCCUGAUACAGAAGAUCAACUCCGUUCAAAGAAGAAAAAGAAGAAAAGGCAUUACAAUAAUCACAAUGAGGAGAAACAAGGGGAAGGAGACCCAGCAUCUGCACCCCAGACUAAUGCAGAAGAUCAUUUUUAUACCAAGAAGAAGAAAAAGAAGAAUAAAACUGACCUCAACAAUGAACAGGAACAAGUGGACGGAGGCGUCUCGCUUGUCGAGCAGCCUAAUCUAGAAGCCCCCGUGCAUACAAAGAAGAAAAAGAAGAGGAGACAUGACACCAGUGAUGAGCAGAGUAAAGGGGAAGGGGAUCAGACAUGCUCUGGGCAGGCCGAUACCGAAGGCGAACCCCAACCAAAGAAAAAAAAGAAUAAAAAACAGCAGGAUGAAGACGAGGACCAAGGGGAAGAAGACGCUGCAUUUUCUGCGCAACUUGAUGUUUUAAGCCCACUGGAUUCAGUGAAGAAAAGAAAAAAGAAAAAAUCUGUUGAAAAUCCUGAGCUGCACCAGAAGGAAGAUGGUCUGCUAGAGGCGGAAUUGGCUUCCGCUGGUCAUAGUAAACACAAGAAGAAAAACCACCGGGAAAGCGUGCUGGAAUCCUCUGCAAAUAUCAAUGAAAGUGAAAGCCCGGCAGAGCGACCUGCAGAGAAACGUAAGCAGAAGAAACACAAAUCUUUACAAGGGACGUUAGCUAAAGAAAAUAUUAGUGAAGUUGCAGAACCCAUAACGGAAGAGGGAGAUGCGCAAUGUGAACCACGUCUCAGUAAGAAAUCACGGAAACGUGACAAAUCCGUAGCUGCUGAUCCAGACUUGUCUGAACCCGCGACCGAGGACAAGGUCGAAAAAUCUGUUAGCAAAAAAAAGAAGAGAAAAAAAAACCUUGACGAAGCCACAAGUGAGCACGACCCGGUGCCAAAAAGUCCAGCUGCAACCAAACCCACUGCUGAAGGGGACAUGCAAGAUUUGAGAGCUCAGCAAGAGAAUGUGCAACGUCAUAGGAUCGCAUUAUCCCAGGAAAUGACACAUAACCUCACUUCUUCUAAACCAAUUACUAAGAAAAAAAGAAAAAGAAGCUCAGAAAAAUGUGAGGAUAUCUUGGCAACCCUGAGCCAAAAUGACAUCGAUCUCUUGAAAGAGUUUUUCCCCAAACUCAUGUCGCUGAAGAAGUCGACAAUCACUACUUUAAUCCACGAAGACCUAGAGCGAAUCCGAGAAGCAAAAAAGAAAGGGAUCACCUACUUGAAGGGCAGGUUUACCACAGAGGAAAACAAUCAGCUAAGAAAGAAUGUGGCAGAGUUUAUGACAAUGACUGAAAUAGACAGUGCUGAGAAGCUGUUUCAUAGCCAGCGGUAUCCGGAUCAGAGAGAAUGGAUUGAGCAGAAAAAGAAAGAACUCAACUUCAGAUACAGAAUGGCUGAAAACAUAGCUCGCCCAGUGCAUGAAGUUUGCCACCGAGGGGUUAAAAUGUUUGACGAGUCGAGCAACAAAGGACGCUAUACAGAGGAGGAAGUGGAGAAUCUGAAGAAGUAUUGGACAAUGUACGGCAACAAAUGGAAAGUGCUGGGAGAUUUAGUUGGACGAAAUAAUGCUACGCUCCAACUGAAAGCCUCACAGCUUAGACAAGAGGUCGUACGAGGGAGCUGGACUAAAAAGGAGAUAAACCGAAUGAUAAAGGCCAUUAAAUCCUUUGUUCUAAGCCCAAAUUGCUCAAACAAUCCAGAAAGCAGCCAAGAACCAGAUGUCAUCCCCAAACGCAAGUUGUACCAAGGCAUUCCCUGGGUACAAAUAGAGAAGAAGGUGAAGACCCGGAACUGGAGCCAGUGCAAAACCAAAUGGACAGAAGUUCUUCUAUCGCGGAUGAACAACGGGACAAAUGUGUUACAAGGAGCAGCAGGCCUAGAGCUCAGCAUCAAUUUUAUUAAAUGGCUUCACACGUCUGGAAUAAAAGACAGCGGUCAGGUGAACUGGGCUGAGCUGGCUGAUCAUUUAGGGAAUAUCCCCCCUAUGGUUGUUCAGGUGCAUUUUUAUAAACUUAAAUCAAAGUAUGUUCCAAACUGGAAGAAUGUAGCUUUUGAGGAAAUUGUGCAUCGGCUGUAUAAAGAUGGAAUACCACAGCUGGAAGCUCUUCUACUCACAAUGCGCACACAGACCACACUCCAGCCUCAGGUAAUUGAGAUCAAAAAUGAAUUUUCUGUCGCAGAAAUAUUUCGAACAUACACUUCCGAAGAGAAGCACAUGAUAAUGCGAAGUAAGAAAAAUGGUCCGUAAAGAGAAUAGCUUUGCCAUUUACAGGAGACCAAGCAGUAUCUGGACUGAAUCCAUAGAGUCGUACACCCUAGGUGUCUGCCUUAUUGGAUGUGUAAUUCAGGAACACAGGCUAAAAAUAAUUUUUCCAGCUGUUAGAGAUCUGGAACGCUAAAACUAUGAACUAUAUACAGAAUAUACAGCCAUUUAAUUUUUUUUUUUACAUGAGAUUUCAUUUUAUCGUUUGUUAUUUUACCUACUGUUAAUUAUAAAACAAGCCAGUGAUAGGGAUAGCGCUGAUAAGCUAUUGAAGGAGCCACUGGGGGACCCACUGUGGAAUAUGUAAGCGUAUAUAUCGGAGUGUGUUAUAAAAAAAUGGUAUUUCUUCUAGCUUAUGUUAAAAAAGGUUUGAUGUGGCUCAGAAUACACAAAUGUUAGGUUGUCCUAGUUACACCAAUAUCAGUUAAUACACGGAUCCAGUAAAAGUUUAUAUAUAUUAUUUAUUGCUGGGUAUUCAAUAUAUAAUAAAAAUUAGAUAAAAUAUGAACAAAAUAAAAUAUGGCUCCUAGAAAAAAUUGUAAGCACUAAUGAUGAUACAUACAAACGCAUAGAGGUGGACCCUGAUUGGCAAUCACACACAGCUCAGCUGGAGAAAUGAGCUGGAGAAACGAACGGGCUUCCAGGACAAAUCCGCUUGUAUCGGAAGAAGCUGUUUUUAACAACCCCUUGGGAAAAGACCCGUCUGGAUAAGGGGAGGUAACUAUUCACAGGCAACCGUGUAUACCACAAAGGAUUUUCACAAACCUCAAAAGGAUAUAGAGUAACCGGCAACUGGUGGUGGAAUACCUACUAUCAUUUGAAAGCAGCAAGUUUUAAGCAGGCUCCUUAACGCUUAGUAACAGCGACCAUUAAAGUAAAAAAGAACUUUUUCUCUUCAUCACGGACCGGUCUGUCCUCACAAAGUCGCAACAAAGACUGUUUAGAAGUACUUUAAUUAGCAACUUACUCAACCAAUAUUGCAGCACAAAUCACAUAUGUGUUGAAAUUUAAGGAGAAACUAAGACUUAAAGGGACAGUCUAGGCCAAAAUAAGCUUUCAUAAUUCAGAUAGAGCAUGUAAUUUUAAACAAUUUUCCUAUUUACUUUUAUCACCAAUUUUGCUUUGUUCUCUUUGUAUACUUAGUUGAAAGCUUAACCUAGGAGGUUCAUAUGCUAAUUUCUUAGACCUUGAAGCCCACCUCUUUCAGAUUGCAUUUUAACAGUUUUUCACCACUAGAGGGUGUUAGUUCACUUAUUUCAUAUAGAUAACACUGUGCUUGUGCACGUGAAGUUAUCUGGGAGCAGGCACUGAUUGGCUAGACUGCAAGUCUGUCAAAAGAACUGAAAAAAGGGUCAGUUUGCAGAGGCUUAGAUACAAGAUAAUCACAGAGGUUAAAAGUAUAUUAUUAUAACUGUGUUGGUUAUGCAAAACUGGGAAAUGGGUAAUAAAGGGAUUAUCUAUCUUUUAAAACAAUAACAAUUCUGGUGUAGACUGUCCCUUUAAAGAAACAAUUGGGAAUUAAUAAUCACUUGGAAACACUUAGAAAUAAACACUUUUGUCAUAUUUUUUCAUCUUUUUCUUUAUUUUUUAUUAUAUUUUUUAAUUUUUAUUCUUUUAUUUUAAAUGGCAUUUUGAUAUAUAGAUUUUCUACCACUUGGUCCCAUAGGAAUAGUGUUUUGUAUGUGGUCAAGGAAAAUAUUAUAUAUUGUGAAAUCAUAACGAGCUACUGAAUGUUUGUAUGUAUCAUCAUUAGUGCUUUCAAUUUUUUCUAGGAUCCAUAUUUUAUUUUAUUCAUAUUUUAUCUAUUUUUUAUUAUAUAUUGAAUACCCAGCAAUAAAUAAUAUAUCUAAACUUUUACUGGAUCUGUGUAUUAACUGAUAUUGGUGUAACUAGGACAACCUAACAUUUGUGUUUUCUGAGCCAUAUCAAACCUUUUUUAACAUAAGCUAGAAGAAAUACCAUUUUUUUAUAACGCUUACAUAUUCCACAGUGCGUCCUUCAAUAGCUUAUCAGCACUAUCCCUAUCACUGACUUGUUUUAUAAUUAUCUGUAAACCCUCAGGGAGUAAGGGUCUAUAUAUAAGGGAUUAGCUACAUUGAAGUUUUGUAAAUCAUCAGACCUUUUUAUUCCUUGAUGUAUCUUGUAUUUUACCUACUGUUGACUUGUUUCUAAAUGUAAAAAAACUCAGUGCUGCUGUAAAAUAUCAACAUUUUAUUUUUUUACAAUGCUAUAUUGUAUAACAAGGAAACUGUAAUGUACAUAAAGUUUUUAUUGUAUAAAGAAACCAUCUCUCGA